AUGGAAAACAACAAACGUCCAUUUUCGGGUAUAAUCAGCGAUUUCAAGGGACGAAGAGCAUGUUAUCGGCAUGAUUGGGCCAGUGCAUUCUGCUCAGGCUUUCGGAUAUUAGCUCCGACGACCUAUAUCUUCUUUGCUUCCGCUCUUCCAGUUAUUGCUUUCGGAGAGCAAUUGAGUCGAGACACAGGUGGCACGCUUAGCACGGUGGAAACAUUGGCUUCCACCGCCAUCUGCGGUAUCAUACACUCAAUUAUCGGCGGUCAACCUAUGUUGAUAGUCGGUGUUGCGGAACCGACGAUUAUAAUGUACACUUACUUGUACAAUUUCAGUAUAGAAAGACCAGAACUGGGCAAAGAACUUUAUUUGGCUUGGACAUCAUGGGUCUGUUUAUGGACCGCGAUGAUGCUCGUUCUGCUCGCCAUAUUCAACGCUUGCGUCAUAAUCAACCGGUUUACGAGGAUCGCAGGCGAGCUUUUCGGCAUGUUGAUCACUGUUCUUUUCCUUCAAGAAGCGAUUAAAGGCGUGGUCAGUGAAUUCCAUAUGCCGGAAGGUGGAGAGUCUCAUGGGGAGACACAUCAGUUCCACUGGCUAUACACUAAUGGAUUGCUAGCAGUCAUUUUCUCGUUCGGGGUCCUAUACACGUCUCUAAUGACACGGAACGCGAGAUCGUGGCGCUACGGAACAGGUUGGCUUCGAAGUUUAAUCGCAGACUACGGUGUUCCACUAAUGGUCUUGGUUUGGACAGCAUUGUCAUAUACCGUACCCCGGAAAGUCGAUUCCGGAGUUCCCAGAAGGUUGUACUGUCCACUUCUAUGGGAACCCGAAUCACUAUAUCAUUGGACAGUAGUGAAGGACAUGGGAAGGGUUCCACCAUUGUACAUCUUUGCUGCCAUUAUACCGGCAUCGAUGAUAGCUGGUUUAUAUUUCUUCGAUCACAGUGUCGCAUCGCAGCUGGCACAACAAAAGGAGUUUAACCUUAAGAAACCCUCUGCUUACCAUUGGGAUAUCUUGAUCCUUGGGAUUACGACAUUCGUUUGCGGAUUGCUUGGACUCCCUCCUUCGAAUGGUGUCCUACCGCAAUCUCCUAUGCAUACCAAGAGCCUUGCGGUUCUCAACAAGCAGAUGAUUCGGAAAAAAAUGGUGAAAAGUGUCAAGGAAGGCAUGAAACAAAAAGCAAGCCAAUCCGAAAUCUACGGAAGAAUGGAAGCCGUGUUCAUUGAAUUAGAUGCAUCCCCUGCUCAUGAUUCAGCAGACAAAGAAUUGAGGAACUUAAAAGAAGCCAUGAUGAAAGACGACGGCGGGAACAACGGUAAAGAAAAAUUCGAUCCCGAGAAACACAUCGACGCUUAUUUACCCGUUAGAGUUAAUGAGCAACGGAUGAGCAACCUGUUGCAAUCAAUCCUUGUUGCAAUACCAAUGUUCAUUGUACCCGUAAUAAGAAUGAUCCCUACAUCGGUACUAUGGGGAUAUUUCGCCUACAUGGCCAUCGAUAGUCUCGAAGGUUGCCAAUUUUGGGAAAGGAUAUUGCUACUCUUCAUUACCCCGAGCCGUCGUUAUAAGGUCUUGGAAACCUUACAUGCAUCAUAUUUGGAGUUGGUACCAUUCAAGGCCAUUUUGUUGUUCACAUUGUUCCAAAUUGCGUAUUUCAUUAUAUGUUUUGGGGUCACAUGGAUACCUAUUGCUGGGAUAUUGUUCCCGGUACCUUUCUUCCUUCUCAUCAGUAUCCGGCGACACGUCCUCCCAAAAUUUUUCCAGCCUGAACACCUUCAAGAACUCGAUGCCGCCGAGUACGAAGAAAUCAUUGGUACCCCGAGAAAAGUAUCACUCCAGGAAGGGGAAUCAUCAAAUGGCGCAGAAGGCACUGAUGAUGAUUUCCAUGAUGCUGAGAUAUUGGAUGAAAUGACAACUAGCAGAGGAGAGCUUAAGCUUAGAACUAAAAGCUAUAAAGAAGACAGAUUAUAUCAGGUUCAUCCAGAGAAUCCAAGGAAUGGCUAAGAGCAAAAUUGCAAUAAUAAAUUGGAAUGGUAUUUACAAGCUGAUCCAGAAAAUCCCUGGCUGGAGAGCAAAGCUGCAAUAAUAAAUUAGCAGAAAAUCACCCCCCAAG